AUGACUUUACUGACUACAACUUCCCUUUUGCGAACCUCGCGGGCUCUCGCCAAGGUGUCCGUGUCCGUGUCUCGACCUACUCAGUUUCAGCACCGGUUCAUGGCCACCGCCACCUCCAAGGAGGACUACGUCAAGGAUCCCGGAGACACCAAGACUCUGGCCAACACCAAGAUGAACGACUCCUCCAUCUACGGAGCCGACGACUCCCAGAAAUAUGAGACCACCCCCAUGUGGGUCCAUCCCAUCUACACCAAGGAGCAGAUGGAGAACCUUGUGGUCCGACACCGAGAGGCCAAGACCUUCUCCGACAAGUGUGCCCUGGCCGCCAUUCGAACCAUGCGAUGGAGUUUCGAUCUGUUCACCGGCUACAGACACCCCAAGCCCGGCCAGGAGAAUCUCAAGCGAUUCGAGAUGACACCCGACAAGUGGUACCAGCGAUUCCUUUUCUUGGAGUCCAUUGCCGGUGUCCCCGGAAUGGUUGGCGGUAUGUGCCGACAUCUGCAGUCUCUGCGAGCUCUCAAGCGAGACCGAGCCUGGAUCGAGACUCUUCUCGAGGAGGCCUACAACGAGCGAAUGCAUCUGCUCACCUUCCUGAAGAUGCACAAGCCCGGCUACUUUAUGCGAACUAUGAUCCUGCUCGGCCAGGGUGUCUUCUUCAACCUCUUCUUCAUGGCCUAUCUCAUGUCCCCUCGAAUCUGCCAUCGAUUUGUCGGCUACCUCGAGGAGGAGGCCGUCAUCACCUACACCCGUUGCAUUACCGAUAUUGACGCUGGCCGACUCCCCGAGUGGGAGGGCCACAAGGUCAAGAUCCCCGAGAUUGCCAUCGACUACUGGCACAUGGGCCCCAACCCUACCAUGCGAGAUCUGAUUGAGUACAUCCGAGCUGACGAGGCCAAGCACUGUGAGGUCAACCACACUCUUGGUAACCUUGACCAGGAUCACGACCGAAACCCCUUCGCUCUGAAGAUCGAUAAUGGCCAUCCCCAGCCUUCCAAGGACCUGAGCACCUACAAGGGCCAGGGCUGGUCUCGAGACGAGAUUGCCAACUAA